CACAGUCAGUGCCGGCAAAAUUGCAUCACCGCCAGCGGAACUAGAACAAGAACAAGAAAUACCACCAUUUUGAUUGCGGUUGCCAUGACUCUUCGAGUGGAAUAACCAGCACGAUAACCUCAUUUGGACACGGACAGGCAGGAAGGCCAGCCAAGCAUUCCAGUGGAGAAGGAGGACCAAGCUAGCGAUUGCCCAAUUGCCAAGUGAUUCGUCUUCGAUGCCUCGGGCCAGUUAAACCACUGCUAAGCUGGACUAGAACAAGAUAAUUGCCUUCGCGACAGCACGUUGCAGAUAAGUUAAUCGCCUGAAGGCGGCACGUACUAGCAUGCGCCGGCGGCACUGCACACUUACACAGCCAUCUCUAGUUAACUUUUAACUAUUGCGCUGGUAAUGUAAAGUUUGCUUGUUUACGUCUGGCCAGUGCUGCCGGACCAGUUCGAAUGGUGAGCGCCUUGAGUGUUUCCACAGUGCAAGGUGUUUGUUUCCAAGCAAACGCGAGCGACGGGCACUCUGCCCGGAUCGCAGUGUGCCGUCUCAGUCGAGUAAAAUUAAGCUGUUAUUCUUAGUCCCUGUCAUGUGAUACUUGAUUGCUCCGAUUGUGAUGCCACACACUUGGCUAACAAACUGAAAGGAAAGCAGACUGAAAAUCCCUGAGCAUAAAUAAAUUGGGAAAAUGGACGCCAAAAAAAUUGUGGAGAUCGACGGCUCCUAUUUGGAGGGCGGCGGACAGGCGCUGCGCAACGCCCUCAGCCUCAGCUGCAUUUUGGGCAAACCGGUGCGCGUGGUGAAGAUCCGGGCCAACCGCCCGAAUCCUGGGCUCUCGCGCCAGCACCUGCAUGGGCUGAACCUACUGCGGGACAUCACCAAUGCGGACGUGGUGGGAAACUACUUGCUUUCCUCCACAGUGGAGUUCACGCCGGGCACCAUUGUGGACAACACUUAUCGCGUGGAAACGCACACGGCGGCCAGCAUUACUCUGAUCUAUCAGAUGGCUCUGCCAGUGCUUCUCUUUGCUGGACGCUCGUCGCGCCUGAUCGUGUGCGGAGGCACGAACGUUGACUUUGCUCCCCCGGUGGAGUACAUGCAGGACGUGCUGCUGCCCAACCUAAAACACUUCGGGGCUAGCUUUGACCUGAAGGUGCAGCGGUACGGCUUCUAUCCACGCGGCCAAGGCAGAUGUCAGUUGGACGUGGAACCCGUGGCCAAGCUGAAUCCCGGAAAAUUAGUGGCUUUCGGCAGCAUCAAAUCGGUCAGCGGAGUGGCCUACUGCGCCGGCCGCUUGCCAGUAAAUAUUGCGAUUGACAUGCAACAGUCGGCGCAACGCGAGAUACAUCGUAUGUGGCCGUCCCAGAAGUGCAACAUCGAGCCGAUUAAGCAUUCGCGCCAGAAGGCAUACUACGAUGGAGCCGGGAUCUUGAUGACAGUCAACACGACCGCCGACGUUGUCCUAGGUGCUUCCGCAUUGGGCAAAAAGAGGAUCGAUGGACACCUUCUCGGCUUAGAGGUGUCGUGCCAACUGGGCGGGUAUAUCCGCGAGAAAGUCUGCGUUGACAAUUACAUGCAGGACCAGCUCAUCAUCUACAUGUCCCUGGCCGUCGGCCGCUCAACUAUGCGCACAGGCAAGCUGACCAAUCACACGCGCACCGCCAUCAACGUAGCCGAGCAAAUGACAGGCGUCAAGUUCGACGUGGCGAUGGAGCCCGACGGCCAGAUGCUAGUCAGCUGCCAGGGCUUGGGACAUCUGAACAAGUUGAUUUAACAAUCGAUAGAUCUCUUUACUCUAAGGCAACCUUAAAUUAAUGUCUACAUAUAUAGAGAAUAUACGUGUCCUAAAGGCGCCGGAAAA